AUGGAUGCACCAACACAACCAAAGAGAAUGGUAGAACCUCCAUUGUCAUUGGGGAAGAGAAAAGGAACCAAGAUAGACAAAAAAUUGGCUCUUCUUAUAUUCAUUUUGCAUUUACUUUGUGUUUUCGCACCAUUUCAAAUUAAUAAGGCUGCCGUUUCGAUUUGUAUUAUCCUAUAUAUUAUUACAGGUCUCUUCGGUGUCACUAUUUCGUAUCAUCGAAAUCUUUCACAUAAGAGUUUCAAACUUCCUAAAUGGCUUGAAUACUUGUUUGCUUAUUGUGGAGUUCAUGCCUUUCAGGGCAAUCCAAUCGCUUGGGUGAACACGCAUAGAUAUCAUCAUCAAUUCGUUGAUACUGAAAAAGACCCACAUAGUCCAAUUAAUGGGUUUUGGUUCAGCCAUCUUAUUUGGUACCUUCAAGAGAUUGAUGAAAGUGCAAGUAAAAUGAUUGAAAGGGAUCUGGAGAAGCAAACAUUCUAUAGGUUUCUUCGCAAAACAUACAUAUAUCAUCCAAUUGCUCUUGCGGUCAUACUUUAUAGCAUUGGAGGCGCUCCUUUCUUCAUUUGGGGAACGUGUGUGAGAAUGGUAAUAAAUUUACAUGCAAUUUCUUCGGCAAAUUCAAUAUGUCACAUGUGGGGAAAACGACCGUGGAAAACAAAUAAUUUAUCCACAAACAAUUGGGUGGUGAAUUUGCUUCUAUUUGGAGAAGGUUGGCACAGUAAUCACCAUGCUUUUGAGUAUUCAGCUAGGUUGGGCAUUGAAUGGUGGCAAUUUGACCCUGGUUGGUAUGUUAUUGUGUUUCUUCAAGCCAUUGGAGUGGCUACUCAUGUCAAAUUGCCAUCUCAAACCCAUAUGCAAAAAUUGGCCAAAGAUUAACUAAAAGAACCUUCUCUUUUGACUGAUGCUUUGUAUGGAAAUAAUUAUGCUUCUAA